AUGUAUUAAUUAUAUCUUGAAGAUUAUAAAGGAAUUGAAGAAUAUGUAUCAUAUUUUUUAAUUUUAGGGAUUUAAGGGGGAGUGAGAUAUAUGAUUAGUAUAACUUUUUCAUGGAGCAAUGAAAUGGCUAUUUAAUUUUCAAUUGUAUCUUAAGAUACUAAUUUUAGUACUUAAAAUAGAGGAGAGGCAUAAAGUAAUGAAGAAUUGAUUGCGCAUUAGACAGCUGAUAUUAUAGGUGAACAAGUGCAGUUUUGA